AUGCGUUAUUAUCACAAAUUUGCAAUUAUAGGUUUAAUUGUUGGCAUUUUUCCUAUUAUUUUUGGUAUCAUUGCGCUUACCACGUCAACUUGGAUACGUGUAUUUGAUGAGAAAUCAUCACAAACAAUAGUCUGUGACCUUUUCGCGCAAUUUAACCAAAGUAGUACCAACAAAGAUGCAACGACGGACACUUUUCAAAUACCACAAUAUUUCGAAAUUAUUGGCUGUAUCAUAUUACAAGUUGGUCUGGUUGUUGGCGUUCUAUGUACUGCUUUAAUUAAUAAACGGAGUGUUCAUUUUAUUCCGCCAGUUAUUCUUAUGAUUGGCACUGUUAUGAUUUUUCUCGGUCUUAUUUUUUACAUUCAAUAUGUGGUCGAUAGAAAUGGCGCAUUAUCAAUAAAGAAAUUGCAUUUGGGCUACAGUAUGAUACUGAUGAUUGCGACUUGUGUUAUUGGAUGUUUCAUGACAGCGUAUUUUUCAUUUACAGCUGGCUAUAUUCAUCGACAUAUUCUGGCUGGUAUCAAUAUUCAUUGA